AUGUGCGCUCGCUACAAGGCGGAGGAGGCACGCAAGGCGCGGACCGCCGCCGAAGCAGAGCGGGCUGAGAAGCUUGCCUCCCUCUCGGCUCGCGUUGAGGAGUCGGCGGAGCGCAAAUCCAAGCUCAUGGCGGCGACGCAGGCCAAGAAUGCGCAUUGGUUCAAGCGCGCUCUGGCCGUCGUGGCGGCCCACAAGGAGCAGCAGCGCGAGGCCGCGCAGGCCUCCGCCAUGAUGCUCGAGACCAA